CAAACAGUGGAUUGCGGAAAGUUAUAGAUGCACAGCAUCUGUGUGUGUAUCGUGCUGUCUUUCACUGAGAAGAAAACGUUAUUUUUGUGUUAAAUUUGAGCAGUUUGAAUAAGUAUGACUUCUGAGGCGCUGAAGGAGAAUCAGGGAGCUGGAUGGAUGAACAGCAUUUCUGAAGACACUUGUGACAUUUUCGCAUUGGAGCAGCCGACUGGCAGGCCCUCGAUCCUGCGGCAGUCGCAGGCUGACAACAUCAGCAGGACUGCUCAGAGAGGAGCAAAGGUUUGUUUUCAAACUCCACGGCGAGACCCAGUCACAAAGAAAAUCAUGUCCCCAAGCCGCACCAGUAGGCCUGCCAUCCAAGAGGACCACACUAAAGCACUGGAGACUCACUCAGCCUCUACUGACCAGAGUUCAUUGUUGAAUAAUAACACCACCACCACACCGGUUAAAAUGCAGAGUAACGACGUUGCCUACCCUGAGGAUGACAUUCCUAUUCAGAGCAAAGGGGCCUAUACUCUCAAUCUCGACAAUCCAGAUGCCAUUAACCCUUUCCAGGGGUCCAAUAUAAUGGCAAAUUCACCUCCUAAGUCUUCUGCUUUUCCAGAGCUUGUAGAGUCUGACACAACUGCGGCCCUCAUUUCGGCUGAGGUUCCAGAGGUGGCCAACUCAGCACUUGAUGAGACUCUUCCUUUUAUCUCAUCAGUGAACAAUUCCCUUGCAGAAUCUUCUGCCAACAUAUCUUCAGCAGAGGGUACUGUCAUCAUCAAGACUGAUAAUGUUGAAAACAGCAUCACAGAGACAGAGGAGACUGAGCCAACCUCAGCGUCACAGCCGAUUCCUACUAUGGAAGAUCAGCAUGAGGCCCAGGAUUUGCCACUCCCCCCUGUAGGAUCGUACAACUUGGAUUUUGACAAUCUUGAUUUGCUCAACCCAUUCCAAACUGGUGGCUCAAAGAUCCCAAACUCUCCUGUGAUUGGCAAAGCAUCAGUUGUUUCUGAUCCACCCAUGCCAAUCCAAGAAGCCAAGCAGGACUCAGAGAUCUCAGUCCAGACUCCAGAUGUCCCGCCCCUGCCAAGCCAAGAAGCCAAGCUGGAAUCUGAGCUCUCAGUCCAUAGCCCAGAUGUCCCAAGCCAAGAAACCAAGCAGGAAUCUGAGCUCUCAGGCCAUAGCCCAGAUGUCCCAAGCCAAGAAGCCAAGCUGGAAUCAGAGCUCUUAGUCCAGAUCCCAGAUAUACCACCCCUUCCAAACCAAGAAACAAAGCUGGAAGCCGAGCUCUCAGUCCAUAGCCCAGGUGUUCCAAGCCAGGAAGCCAAGCAGGAGUCUGAGCUUUCAGUCCAAAGCCCAGAUGUCCCAAGCCAAAAAACCAAGCAGGAAUCUGAGCUCUCAGUCCAUAGCCCAGAUGUCCUAAGCCAAGAAGCCAAGCUGGAAUCAGAGCUCUUAGUCCAGACCCCAGUGGUCCCAACAUCCUCCAAUGCUUCAAUGCCACCUAAGGAGAACCAGAUGCUACUAGAGUUUAACUUUGAUGAUGGAGUCAAGCGCAAACCUCCAAAACGCUUUGGGGUCAAAAGACCUGCAAGUGCAAAACCUGUGACCAAAAAUACAGUCACUGAGAAGAAAGAAUCAGAACCCGAGAAGAAAGAAUCAGAACCCAAGAAGUUGUCCCCCAAGAAGGCAGAGGAGACAAAACCUGUGGAUGUUCCUGCUGUUCAAGGUUCUUACACCUUUGAUUUUGACGAUCCAGACUUUAAUCCCUUUGGUACCAAGGCUGCAGUGCGUAGCUCUCCACCACGUGGGGUCCAGACCAGCCCGGUUUUGAUGAAAGCACAAUCUCCUCUUCAACAGCCUGAGGCUCCUACACAGGAUGAUCAGCCUGAGAACCGAUCUCACCAAGCAGUUUCUGAAAGUGAUAAAAACAUGGCAGAAACUGAUAUUCCUGUCACCAAGCAGGAGCCAGAGAUCAUGGCAGCACCUGAAUCUUUAUUGCAAUUUCAUAACCAGACGUGUGAUCUGGGUGUGAUGGCACCAAGUGAAGAUGAAUUUGUGCCAGGGGCAUUGUUCAUGCCAGAUGGAGAUUUUGAUGGGCAGAUGGAUUAUCUGGAGCAGUUUGGAUCAAGCACUUUUAAGGAGUCAGCUUUGCGGAAACAGUCACUGUAUUUGAAGUUUGACCCGCUGUUGAAGGAAAGUCCAAAGAAAAGUUUGGUGGACUGCGGCAACUCUGGAUUCAGCCUGCCACGGCCUUCUCUUGCCAUCAGGAUGAUGGAGGCUGCAAAGUCUGAAGUAAAGCAGAAGUCUCACUAUGACAGCAUGAAACUGCUGGAUGAUCUGCCUCCACCAGCAGUGGAAACUGUGGUACCAGAUCCAACUGUUCUGGACUUACUGGUUCACACAUUAAAACAGCCUGUGAAGACUGAGGACUCCAUCAUAGAUGUUCUGAAGUACAGUCAGAGAGACGUGGAUGCUAUGCUGCAGAAAGCAGAUAGAAAGGCGGCAGAACAGCAAAAAGAAAUGCAGACUCAGAUUGACAAAUUGUGUCUGGAGAAUCAACACAUGUUGUUCAUAGUGUCUGAAUUUGAGGCCACCAUCACUCAAAUCACAGAUGAGCAUAAACAGAAGGAAGACUUGGCGAAAAUUGAGUUGGAGCGAGUCCUUCAGGAAAAAGAUCAGCUGUCUAAAGAUUUGAAUGAAAUGGAGCAGUCCUUCUCCUCUGUUGUCAAACGUCUUGACAGAUGCAAGGAAGUUAUUGAGGGAUUCAAAAAGAAUGAGGAGACACUAAAGCAGUACGCUCAGAACUGCAUGGACAGACUGCAGAAAGAGGAAAAGCGCUAUCAAGCUCUGAAGGCCCAUGCUGAGGAGAAACUAGAUCAAGCAAAUAAGGCCAUAUCCGAGGUUCGCACUAAACUGGGCGCAGAGGUGGCAACGCUGCAGGUGCAGCUCAAGAGAGAACAUCUGAAAGUUCAGUCCCUAGAGAGGGAUCUGGAACAAAAGGCUAAAGAAGUCAAAGAUGUCACAGAUCUGUGUGAUGAGCUGCUGUUAAAAGUGCAAAAGCAUGGUUUUUUUAAGGAGUCAGCUUUGCGGAAACAGUCACUGUAUUUGAAGUUUGACCCGCUGUUGAAGGAAAGUCCAAAGAAAAGUUUGGUGGACUGCGGCAACUCUGGAUUCAGCCUGCCACGGCCUUCUCUUGCCAUCAGGAUGAUGGAGGCUGCAAAGUCUGAAGUAAAGCAGAAGUCUCACUAUGACAGCAUGAAACUGCUGGAUGAUCUGCCUCCACCAGCAGUGGAAACUGUGGUUCCAGAUCCAACUGUUCUGGACUUACUGGUUCACACAUUAAAACAGCCUGUGAAGACUGAGGACUCCAUCAUAGAUGUUCUGAAGUACAGUCAGAGAGACGUGGAUGCUAUGCUGCAGAAAGCAGAUAGAAAGGCAGCAGAACAGCAAAAAGAAAUGCAGACUCAGAUUGACAAAUUGUGUCUGGAGAAUCAACACAUGUUGUUCAUAGUGUCUGAAUUUGAGGCCACCAUCACUCAAAUCACAGAUGAGCAUAAACAGAAGGAAGACUUGGCGAAAAUUGAGUUGGAGCGAGUCCUUCAGGAAAAAGAUCAGCUGUCUAAAGAUUUGAAUGAAAUGGAGCAGUCCUUCUCCUCUGUUGUCAAACGUCUUGACAGAUGCAAGGAAGUUAUUGAGGGUUUCAAAAAGAAUGAGGAGACACUAAAGCAGUACGCUCAGAACUGCAUGGACAGACUGCAGAAAGAGGAAAAGCGUUAUCAAGCUCUGAAGGCCCAUGCUGAGGAGAAACUAGAUCAAGCAAAUAAGGCCAUAUCCGAGGUUCGCACUAAACUGGGCGCAGAGGUGGCAACGCUGCAGGUGCAGCUCAAGAGAGAACAUCUGAAAGUUCAGUCCCUAGAGAGGGAUCUGGAACAAAAGGCUAAAGAAGUCAAAGAUGUCACAGAUCUGUGUGAUGAGCUGCUGUUAAAAGUGCAAAAGCAUGGUUUUUAACGCACUUUGCCCUUUGUGUUCAUUAUUUGUGUUGGUUCGUUAUUUGUAUUUGUUGUAAGGAUUUUUAAUAAAUAAAUAAUCAUACAAACACCCA